CGGUGCAGACAGGAGCAUGGAAGUUGGCGCCCGCGUCCGGGUCUACUGGCCGUCCGAAGACGCGUGGUUCGAAGGUGACAUCACGGCCAUUGAUGAGGACGGCAGAAUCCACGUUCUCUUUGACGACGGCGACGACGGCGAGUACGACUCUAGCGACCAGAUUGAGCUUCUGGCGCCGUGCGACGACGACGACGAGUGUACGCUGGAUGACGCGCGGGACCUCGCCAGCAGCGAACUUGCGGCCGAGUCGGAAGACGAUGCUGCAUCCAACGAAAACCAGAGCCGCCCCUCUUCUUCACUACUAUGCGAUGAUGAUCCCCCCGCCAUCGAGACGGACCUUCCAGACGGUUCCCCUGCAGCGGCCAUUGCAAUGUUCUCAGCAACCAGCGACCAUGACACGAGCGGACUCGACGACCCAACGCCGAGCCUCGCAGCGAGCGAGGCGUACUCGUUGUUGGAGGACGAAGCCUGUCCGGUCGCAGCGACGGCCGAUGCGCUGACGACGCGCCGUAGUCCGGUGCCGCACCAGCUGCAGUGGUGGCGGGUUCGGUUUACAAAAGACGGGUGCACCGAGACGGGCGUUGUCGUCGACGUCUCGCUACCACUCUUGCACGUCGACCGGGACCUGGCGCGGGGCAGUCGGGUGUACCUUCACGUGGAGCUCGACACGAUCGAGUACAUGGAACGCACCAGUGUCUUUGCCUUUGAGACCUCGCCAGCCCCAUUGGCACCCACGCGUCGAAGCGAGAGCCCGCCGUUGCUGUCGCGUGACCCGCUCGACGGCCUCGAUAUGACGACGCCGGACGUGCGCCAGAAGCUCUUGCAAUACGCGCGCUUGAUUGAGCACUGUGUGUCCGCCAAAGAGGCGUGGCAAACCAAGAUCGCCACGCACGUCUCCGAGCACCAGCGGCUCGCCACGUGCUUUCAAGACUUGCAGUCGCCGGACCGCGGGGUGCGCCUCGCCGCCGCGCGCUUCCUCUGUGCGUUGGCCCACGAGUCCCGUCGGACUCAAUCCCUUUUGCUCCAGUUCAACGGGCUCACCGUGCUCUGUCUGCGCAUCUUUUCGAUUCCGAGCCAUUUCCAGCGCCACUAUGAAGCGCAGUGCCGCCUCAAUCGCACCAGUCCGACCCAAGAUGGGUUCCUUCACUACCUAACGACCUAUGUGCGGGACCGCAUGCAGCCGCUUCUCGCGCGCUUGCAUGCAUGCUACGACGCACCAAAAAAGCGUCUCCCCAUGGUCUGGUUUAGCACCCAGACCCCGUCAUCGGAUGAAAACGACGACGUGACUGGCGGUCUCGGCGACGACGUCUCGAACGUCCCGGACCCUGAUACGCACCUCAUUGGAUUCGUCCUCGGCUACGACCCCGAGUGUGUUCCGCCGACGUCUUUGGUCAAGUCCGAGGUGGAUGCGAUGGCCAAACUGUUUGUUGUCGCACCACCCAACGCCGUGGCCGUGCUGCAAGAGGCGCAGACGCUCCUCGGGACGCUGUCUCCCCCCGCGAACCGGUUUGCUUUGCGCGAUAAGCUCGCUGCCUCGCCAUUGGUGCAGCACCUUGUCGAGGAGAUGGACAUGGGCGUCAUGGGCGUUAUUGCCGCACUCGACGACGUCCAAAGCGUGCAAUGGCGAGAUCUCUUUUCCUAUAUGAGCAUGCGCUUGCACCUCGACGCGCUGCUCGCGUUGUUUGACGCGGCGUGGGUCACCGAGCUCGUUGGCGUGUUUCGCUCGCUCGUGCCCGACUUAGAUCGUAUAGCGUUGCUGCGACCCACCACGUGGGUCUGGAACGUCGAGCUUAUGAACGCGAUCGAACGGCACUCGGUCUUCGCGUCCGACUUUCGCAUCUGCGGCGCGCUCGAGAAGCUCCAGGGCGUUGCGCUGCGGCCACUGCGCUUUCUAUCGUUCUUGACGGCGCUGCGGCAGUGCCUCGUGCCAUCGCCGACCUUUCAGCCCCGCAAAUCGUUGAAAAAGCCAAAGGUUCAUCGCGUCACGAGCAAGCUCACGUCGCAAAGCACGGACGAGCGCAUUGCGUCGGCGAUUGCACGCGCGAAAGCGGCGGUCUCGAGUCUCGAAGCGACGCAGUCCUACCGGGUGCACCCGCGCGCCGCGUACCGCCGCCACGUCUCCAACGUCGACACGAUUCAGACGUACGUGACACAGCAAGCGCACGCGCUCGAGUCGGAGCUGGCCGACUUUAUGCAGCGCGACCCACGACCUCCGUCCGCAGUCUCGUCGUCGCCAACGCCCUGUGUCGAUCCGAAUGCGAUCUUGCAGCCCAACGUAGACGCGGUGCUCAGUGCACGUGGCCAGGACCUCGACACGAUUGCCUCGGCACUCCAUGUCGAAAAGAUGGCGCGGGCCGAAGCCAAGCGCCGGACGGUCCAGCGGAAUAAAGUCAAAUUACAGCGAGAGCAGACCAAGGUGGCAGCGGCCAUGGCCGCCAAGGAGGCCAAAGCACAGGCGCUCCGCGACGCGAUCGACGCCAGAAAGCGCACGCAACAGCAGCAAGCGCACCGGCGCCACGCACUACGCCACGCACGCGUGCUAGCCCAGCUACGGCGACAAGAAGCGUCCAUGGACAACAACGAGAAUCGUCAACCAAAGCGGCCUGCGUCGGCGCGACCGCAACGCAGCGAGCCGCACCGACCAAGGGAGCCGACGCGACCACGCUCGCCGCCGCCACGCCCGUCGUCGCCAACGCGCACGCCCCGCCGCCCUCGGUGCCAGUCGGCGCGGCUAACCCGAGACCGAUCCACGGCCUUUGGCAACAUCAUGUCGGAUCUCCAAAGCGCCGAGUUAGCGGCCAAGAAGGAGCACGCCAAGAAGCUAUGGCAUGCGAUGCAUAUGGACGACACUGCCGUUGGCAAGGUACCGCCACCCGCGCAGCCAGCGACGGACGCGCAGAAGGCGCCGCGAUUCACGCGCAUGUCGUUUUUGGCGCCAACCAGAGCGGGAUCAGCGUCGCCCCUCGAGCUACCGUUGGCCAACCAAGCGACGUGCAAGAAGCUGGCGAGUGAGCUCUUGCCACCCGAGGUGCGUCCGCCCGAGAUCAACGACGACACGACACCAAGCUACGUCGUUCUCGCCAAAUACAAGCGCACGCUGAGCGACACCCAGCGCGAGCUCUACAAAGCACGCUUUAAAACGUCCACGUCCAAGCUCAACCACCGGCUCUCGUGUGCGGUGCAGGAGCAGUACGUGCACAUGACGCGGCGCAAGGAAGCGUGGGACGCCUUCAGUGCGCAGUCGCGGCUCUACUCGGACGAUCCGAAUCUGCUCAAGCGCACGGAGCUCGGCCACGUCAUUUGCAGUGUGGGGCUGCAGGUGGCACCGACUCAUGUCGAAGCCAUUUGUCGCCGCCUCGACACCAAGCUCACGGGCUUCAUUGCGUGGCAUGACUUUUACGAGUGGUUCCAAGGCCAAGACGACCAGCGCGCAACGUCGCGCAGCCUCUGCACCUAGCUGACCAAGGGAACAAAACAACCUUGCAACUCACCCACGUCAAAUACGUCUCACUUGGCACCGCACGCCUAGUCCUACUCGUUAUUCAUGAUCGC